AUGAGUCCAACUCGAAAUGCCAAAGCCCCACCCCCAAGGCUAGCCAUAAUCGAGCGAAGAUUGAGGAUCGGCGUCCACAACGGCUACUCGUACAUCGGGGAGCCGGUUACGAAGGUGAAAAUGCAACUGGUCGGCGGGCCGCGGCCGAAUCCGGAUGAGAAUCUGUGUUUCAAGAACUUGCAUAGCAUAUUCCAACAAAAACUAAAUACGCUGCCAGCAAUGCCGCGGAUCGAGAUAGCGUUCGUUUUUAAUGCGAAGGAUGAGGACAUGUCCUUUGACCUCCGCUCGCCCCCGUCACGACCUUUUGGACGCGGUCGCCCGGUUGAGCACAGAGUUACGAGCCCACAAUCCGAAUCUCCAGCUCUUGCUCCCCAACCGAGGCCGGAGAAAUUCCAACCAAAACCGGCCGUACAUUUCACGCCUGAGAAAGCUCUCGAAAGAUCGCCCAACCAAGAGCUAGAUGAAAAUGAGAACUAUACCGUAGUCGACACGGAAUAUGUUGGCGCGUUCUCCGUUCCGCGCUCCGCCUAUGGACUCGUCGCCUGGGCCAAGAUGCCACCAAUCUACGACCGAAACGGCGAUCUGCCCAAAACGGUCGAAUUAUCUGCCGGACCCACCUACAACGAAGCAAUUGAACGCAACGAUCCUUUGGACACCCACGAGAUUGUUGUACAAUUUUUGGGCGUUACUUGGGCCAAUCAACAUCUCAAAACCCCGAAACAUGUCUUUUUCACGCUCCAGUUCUAUCGAUUCCCCGAGGUGACGACGGAAAAAUUGCUAGCGGUUCCCACGAAUCCCGGGGAGCCUUGUAUUCUUAAACGAUUACGCCCUGGAAAUGGGGAGCCGGUUGAGGACAACCAUGGAUUUAUGGUCCGUCUUACGGUAGACCGAUCAGCCAUUUCGCCGCAGGAUCCCGCCGAAUUUGUUAAUUUUCUUCUAAAUGCCAGCCUGCAAGUUGACGUCUGGGAUGCAGAUUCGGUGCAGUUAAUCGGGACGACUGAUAUCCCGCUGCACUGCCUGAUCCGAAACGGCCUGGAAGCCGUCCAAUUCUUCGCCUACGGUACCGUGGUGCAGAAUAGUGUCGGGCCUGUGCAAAAGAAUGCCGGGUCGCUUUUCAUGAAAUUCGCCUCGAUCGGACAUCCGAGUAAUAAUCAAAUAGAUCUCGUCCAUUCCAAAAACGAGGCCGUCGUCUCAAAACGGCUCGAGAAAUUGGAUUCGGCCGCUGAUUCGCUUAUGAUCCGCGUCCGCCCGCUAAACCCGGCUCACGAGAAUGCACUACAAAAAUUCUUGUACGCUCAAAGAUUGGACAUUUCGCAGAGAUUCGCCGAAGAAAAUGGGGAUUCAAAUGGGCAUGGCCAUCCCACGACCGAGGCUUUGAGCGAGCGGAGCAAGAAAACCAUGAAAAACUUCGUGUUCGACGCCGAGUUGGAGGCGUACAAGCGGAUCCGGAACGAGGGGAAGGCCGGCCGAAUCCACGUCUCUCUCGGAGAAUCGGUGUUUUUCGAAUUUCUACUCCAAAACACGCUCGAUCAGCCGGUGAAUUGUGUCGUCGAGAUUGAGGAGCCGGGGUUACGUCUCCUCACCGACGACGCUGAGUGGGCCUUCUACAAGAAGGCGCACAAAUUGGACACGCCGAUCGAGCGGAAUUUGGUGCGCCGUGAUGAGGAGGGAAAGACAAGCCUGGUGUUGAAGCCGCGCGAGGUGGUGUACGUCCCAUUCCUCUACGAGGACCUGAAGGCGGUGGGAAAAGCUGACGGGCAAACGAGCCAGACAAAGGUAGUCUUCAAGCGUUGGCCGUCGCUGGAACCGUUGCAAAUUCUGAGUUUGCACGUGGUGCAUCAGCCCUACGCACUGCUACGCUCAGUACGAUUCUACUCGAGGGAACAUCACAAUUGUACUCGCAGCAUACGAGUGCCGAGAAAUUAUCGCCAAAUUCUGCCAAAGUCCGUCAAAACGUCCGAUCCAACGGUGAAAGCAAGGUUGAUCUGGGCAAACGGAGCCCUGGAUUUGCAGUUUACGGCGUUUUGCGGACCUAGCGGGACUUCUAGGGAAUUUCUUGUUAUUCUAUACGCCGACGCGGAGGCCUACCGUCUUUUUGGGGUCUGGAAG